GGGUCACACUGUUUGAAGCUAAAGACACGUAAAUCAACAGUCCGGAAAGUUGUAGAAAUUUUACACAAUAGGCACAACGCAUUUCGUAUAUCAUUUGGAAUCAUGGACGCUGGGACAUGGUACAACUCGUUGCCCCGCUUUACCCGCUAUUGGCUAACAGCCACAGUGGGCCUGAGCCUACUCUGCCGCUUCGGCCUUCUGCCCAUGGAAUACAUGUACCUGUCUCGCGAGCUCGUUCUCAGCCGGCUGCAAUUGUGGCGCUGCAUCACCUCGCUCUUUGUGUUCCCUCUGAGUGGAGCGACGGGCUUUCACUUUCUGAUCAACUGCUACUUCAUCACACAGUAUAGUGCACGCCUCGAAAAGGAUCAAUAUGUGCGCAGUCCCUCCGAUUACAUGUAUCUUUUGAUUAUCACUGCAAUCCUGGCGAAUCUUGGUGGCAUGGUGUUCAACGUGUAUUUCUUGAUGGACAUGCUGGUUGUGGCCAUCACCUAUAUCUGGUGUCAGUUGAACAAAGAAGUCAUUGUGAACUUUUGGUUUGGCAGUCGUUUCAAGGCCAUGUAUUUACCUUGGGUGCUGGCGGGGAUUGAGCUGAUAUUCCACGGUUCGCUCGCUUCGCUGGUGGGCAUUUUCAAUGGCCAUGUCUACUACUUCUUGAAGUUCCAAUAUCCCCAAGAGCUGGGCGGAAACGCCUUUCUGGAGACACCACAAAUUCUCAAGCGCUUUGCUCCCGAUGUGUCGGGUGGUAUCAGUGGUUUCGGGGUGCCUCCAGAGAGCAGAGCUCCUCCACCACGUCAGACAGCCAACUCGGCUUGGGGACACGGUAAUGCAUUGGGACGUAAUUGAGAUGCCCAGAUUAUAUAUCUAUACAUCUAUAUAAAUACUAAUUUAGUUAAUAUGUGUAAUUCGUAAUUCUUUUUUAAACCUUUUUUGGUUACGCUGUAAAUGUACUGAAUUUCCUAAAACAAAAAAAAAGCUAAAAAAGAUAAAACUAAACACGAUCAAA